AUGGCGUUUUUAGAGUGGCGUCGUUUCACUUUCUUUGAUGUUCAUAACAACCUGGACAAAGGAAAGAUUGCUGAAUGUUUGCAGGAUACCAAUGUAACAGUAGCUACAAGCGGUCACAAUCAUGUAAUACUCUGCGAUGUGACGGGAUGGGCUCAUCUUAUAUCCCGAUCAUGGGAGAUCACAUCAUUCAAAGCUUACGAGAUGACGGUCCUAUUAGCGCAACAACUACCACAUGAUCCAUUCUUAGUUACCAUUGGUGAAGAUGAAGCGGGUGUCACACCUUUGAUUAAAGUGUGGGACUGGUCGAGAGUGGAUCGUCAUGGCAAUCCUCAAUGUGUUCGAACAGCUCGUGCAAUGCCCUCGCAUGGACACAAUGUACAGGCUACUGCUUUGGCUGUACAUGAUAAUAAGAAUCUCUUAGCCGUUGGUUUCCAAGAUGGUUCAGUGACGUUAUACCGUGGAGAGAUAUCAAGACAGCGGGGAGUCAAAAUGAAAACAUUACCAGAAACUGGAUCCAGUCCUGUAACUGGACUGGCUUUCAAAGGUGCUGAUAAGUUGUUCGUGGUGUCUCGUUCAUGUGUGAUGGUGUGCUGGCUCACCAGCGAUCGUUGUGUGGUUUUGGACGCUAUGGGAGCGGCGCCGGGGUGUUCAGUGCUAGCUAACUCACAUAGACUGACUGUCGCCGCGCCGGAUGCUAUUUACUGCUAUACUACCGAAGGUCGUGGUCCAUGCUAUGCUCUUGAAGGGGAGAAAGUCAAAUUGAACUGGUUCCGUAGCUAUUUGGUGAUAGUAACCAACGCUACCGGUUCUGCUAAUACACCGAAAUCCCAUCACAUCACUAUAUUGGAUAUUCAGAACAAAUUCAUAGUAUUCUCUAAGACGUUCGAAGAAAUUGAUGCCGUCCUAACAGAAUGGGGUUCCUUUUACAUCCUUCAGAAGAAUAAGGAGAUGAUAUUUUUGGAGGAGAAGGAUCUUCAGUCGAAGUUAUUGUUGCUCUUCAAGAAGAAUCUGUACGAUGUAGCGAUUAGGAUAGCGAGCAGCCAACACUACGACGUUGAGGGAUUGACUGAAAUAUACAAGAAUUACGGAGAUCAUUUGUAUAGUAAGGGUGACCUUAAAGGGGCGAUAGAUCAAUACGUGAAGACGAUAGGCUGGUUGGAAACGUCUUACGUUAUACGCAAAUACCUCGAAUCACGUCACCUCGAGCCUUUAGUGCAGUAUUUGGAGGAACUUCAUAAGAAAGGUUACGCUACCGAAGAUCACACCACGUUGUUAUUGACUUGUUACGUGAAGAUCGAUCAACACGAUCAACAAGGGAAGUUGAAGGAAUUCAUCAAUUCCAAGGAUAAGGCCAUAGACUUUGAUGUAGAUGUUGCUAUUAAGGUCGUCCGUCAAGUGAGUGCCACAGACGCGUUGUCACUAGCUUACAACUACAAGCGUCACGACUGGUAUCUGAAAAUAGUGAUAGAAGAUAAAAAAGAUUACAAACAGGCUCUCGACUAUAUAUACGAACUAAAGUUUGAAGACGCCGAGACGUACAUGAAGAAGUACGGACACAAACUGAUACAACACGUACCGGAAGAUAGCACUGACUUGUUGAAAUUGCUGUGUACAGACUACAAACCUCGCAGUAAACCGUUAGUAGAUGAGAGCACUUUAUCCGGUAACCUCCGUGAACCAGAUAGAGCCAUACCUGAUGAUUUCAUACACAUGUUCCUGAGCAAUUCUGAGCGUCUCAUAGAUUUCCUCGAGCACAUGGUCGCUAAAGACACUCAAUGCUCAAGUCUCGUCUACAACGCACUAAUUGAGCAUUACAUUCAUGUUUGGGCGAAAUCGUCUGAAGCAGACAAGAAGAUUUACGAGCAAAAAGUUCUAGAUAUUAUCAAAGAUCCAGAAGCUAAAUACGACAAAGAUCAAACGCUCAUUAUAUGCCAGAUGCUGGGCUUCAAGAGUGGUAUCCUACAACUGUAUGAGGAAAAAAAACUAUGGCGUGCUCAAAUCUCUCUCCAUCUCCGUACACCGGGCGGCACAGAGCGCGCACUAAGUGUAUGUCGCCGUCGUGGAGGGAGCGCGCCACGUUUGUGGCUUGACGUACUGUGGGCACCUCCACCACCCGAUUAUUUGCCAGAACUGCUUAAAGUCGUAGCUGCUGAAAAACUAUUAUCACCUAUUCUUGUGAUCGAUUGCCUGGCGAGUACACCGACAUACACACUUGGAGAUGUUCGCAAGUACCUAACAGACGUAUUAAAAUCUGAAGACGAAGUGAUCACUAGAGAACAAGAUCUGGCCGCGAAAUACAAGAAGGAGAUUGAAGAAAUGAAGACUCAGAUACAGAAGAUACAGAACGAACCGAUCACCUUCCAGAGGAGUCUGUGUGCAGCAUGCAGCAGGCCGCUCGAGUUGCCCACCGUACACUUCAUGUGUCAGCACUCAUUUCAUAAGGAUUGUUUCGAGACGUACUCGGAGUCGGAGCGCCAGUGCGUGGCGUGCUCCCCGGCGCUGAAGCUCGCGCCCGCGCCGCCCGCCGACCAGCUGCACUCACGACUACACGCACACAACGACCCUUUCUCAGUGGUGUCUGAGUAUUUCGGUCGGGGUUUGUUCAAUAAGCUGACCGUGGUGACUGACGCCCCGGAGCCUGUACCUUUCAGUGUACCCUCCGCUGUACCCUCCGUACCCUCAGUUGUGAGUGUGCCCUCUGUACCUGUACAAACAUACGGACCGGGAGCUGAGGCGAAGCUAAGAUUACAGGAGGGACAAAGCAAACAAGUGUACGUUCAGAACGCGUUGAAGCAAAUCCCUCCGAAGGGUACAGCGGUGAUUCCCGUACCGGAAGGAAGGAUGCGGCUUCUUGAACAGCAUCAGUACAGUUCCAGCCUUGAAGCGAAUAUGAGCAAAUUGGAACCACCAGUUCAAAGAUCUCCCCACACGUCCCCAAACACCUCCCGGAUGAAACUCCCCCAGAAAAUAUCAGCAGCAAUCAUUGAUAGUAAAAAUCCCUUCGAAACGUACGACGAAUCAAAAAAUCCUUUCGCAGACGAAGAAAACGAUCCCACUAACCCAUUCGCUGAGGACGAUUAUGAUAAAAACUUAAAUCCAUUCGCAUGA